AUGAGGGUCCGCCACCCGCGGAGGAGGAGAAAAAACCCCAAAAGGAAGAAAAGCCCAAAUCAGAGGAGAAGAAACUACUCAACAAGGUUUUCACAAAGCUACUCGACAAGGUCCUCCUGGAGCUCCUCGACCGUGUCGUCAAGUCCCUCAACGUCUGUAAUCCCGUCACCCUUAGCCUCGACGCCGUCAAGAACCCUUGGAGGGCUCAAAUAUAAGUACAAGCCCGUCAAUCUGUUGAAGGGAGAACAAUCUCGCCCUGGCGAGUUGCGUAGAACAACAAGAACACCUGAGGCUGUAUUUUCUGAGUGUCUGUUGUCAAGGCUAUACCGUUUAAAGCAAACCCAUAACAAAUAUCAGCAUAUGGACACAUUCUUGGGGGAAAUUCUAGGCGCAGUUGUCUUGGCUGAUGGCCUUUUGGAACUUGUCUUUUUUGGGUGGAUUUUACUUGCAAUGCAGAGGGUUCAAAAUCCACCAGAAGCAACUUGUGACUAGGUUGGCAAUGCCCAAAUAGUGUGAGGAUAACUUGUGAUCUUACCAAAAGUUGUAAAAAAAACUAUUAAAUUAGGGGUUUAAUAAUUUUGGUUUGAAGAAUUGUUUUUCUUCUUAUUUCAAAGCCAUUUAUAAUUAUACCAUGCAUAUAUAUUGUGUGCUUUUGGUGCAACUUAUAAGCAUUUAGUGAA